CCCGUGGGGUGACACCUCGUUUCCUUCCCGGUUUUCGGGGCGAUGGCAUUUUUCUGGAGCAGGAAGGACAAGCAGAAAGGGGGUCUCCUGCCACCGCUGGCCUCGCAAGGGGCAGAUUUGGGGACACUCGUCCAGGAGAGGGGUCCCAAGCCCUGGGUGGAAGAUGCCGUCCCCCAGCAGCCGGUGGUGGGGGAGCUGGAGGAGGAGUUUGCCAAGUUCUGCCGGAUUCAGCGCCCCGGUAAAGGCCGGCGGCUGAGUGGGACCCUGCGGUUGCUGUGGCACAUGGCACAGUUGAAGGGUGGGAGCAAACAGCGCCGGGCUUCCCAAGGAGCUGAGGAGAGCCGGAGAGUCGCUGGGAUGCAGGCACAGGCUGCCGGGAGAUGCACUGAGCUGAGGGGGGAAGCGCCGGGGCUGCCGGAGGAGCCGUGGACGUGCCAAAAAGCCACCCAAGGUGGGGAAGCCCAGCAGGAAGAGCAGGUGAAGGUGGUCAACAUCCCUAGCGUGGUCCUACACCUCGGGGAAGACGGCUGGGACGAGCCGAUGCUUGGAUGCAAAGCACGAGGUGGGGAUGUGCCGAGGGGAGGUGGUGGCCAUGGGGAUGAGAUGGGGCAAACUCAGCCCCUGGUCCAGGCAGGUGCCAGCAGGAAUGAGAGGGGAAGGACCACCGGCUCACCCAGGAGCCUGGGGUUGUGGGUGGAAGACAAAGAUGCUGCCAUCAUCCCUCAAGGGGACUGGGAUGGGCAGGACUUUAACCCUCCAUCAGCAGAGGGAAGGUCUGGGGUGGAGCGGAGGAGGCAAGUGUGGAAGAAGCUGCAGCGCCUGGGAGAAGACAUGGCGAGGUGGAGAGGGAGGUCCACGAGAGACCUGGCAGUCAGGCUGGUGGAGGUGAUCCUGCAGACAGAAACCAGGAUGUACCCUACAGAGACAGGGAACGACAGUGACCGGCAGGAGCAGGGGCUGGGGGGGGCGAGAGCCGGGAUGGGCAGCUCGGAGGACACGGGUGCUUUGGCGGACACCCGUGUGAAGGCCAGCACGGUGCAGCAGCGCCCACAGCUGCAGGACCUUGCCGCGUACCACAACAUCCCCGUCUCCAUCGGUGGGACCGUGUAUGGGGAUGAUCAGCACGUCCCCACCAUGCUGGAGCCAUAUGGGGAUGAGCAGAUCUGGGAGGACCCUGAUGAUGACAUCCUGGAGCAGGGAGGUCCACCAGCUCCUCCUAGGCCCUCAGUGGUGGUCAACUGUCUCAUGGUGGCAGAGGCCAGCAGCAAAGAGCAGUGGAGAGAGGCAUUCCCAGACGUCUGGGCGCAAUAUGAGACGGACUGCGGGCUGGUGUCCGAGGAGGAGGAGGUGAGCGGAGCACCAGUGCCCUUCCAACGGCAACCCCUGUUUCCAGCAGACAUGGAAGACGAGGUGGCGAGCAUCCUGCAGGACCUGCUGGAUGACGGCGUGGUGGUGGAAGGCACCUCUUCCUCCAACAGCCCUUUACAGCCCAUCCGAAAGGCUAACGGGAAGACCUGGCGCCUGACAUUGAAUUGCAAAGCUGUCAACAAGGCCACCCCCAUGGUGGUGGCUCCGGUGGUCCUGGACAGGACCAAGCUCAUCACAACCCUCAGCCCCAAGAGCAGGUAUUUCUCGGUGGUGGAUCUAUCGAACCCCUCCUUCGCCAUCCCCUUGGCAGCAGGCUCCAGAGCCAGGUUUGCCUUCACCUUCAGGGACCGGCAGUACCUCUUCACCCGGCUGCCCCAGGGCUUCCACAGCACCAACUCCAUCGUGCACCGGCGGGUGGCUCAGAUGUUGUCCCAGCUGGCCCAAGGAGAUAAACCUUGGGUUUUUUCCUACGUUGACGACAUCCUCAUCACUGGGAAAAACCUAAAGGAAACCGAAGACCGAACAAAGAGGGUCCUGAAGCUGAUCCAAAACACGGGCUUUAAAGCCAAGUUUGAGAAGGCGCAGCUUGUCCAGCCCAAGGUGAACUACCUGGGGAUGACGAUCGGGGCCAAGGGGCGAGAGAUCCAGGCCAGCAAGCUGGAGGCCAUCAGCAAAGCGCCCUGCCCGUGGGACAUCCACAGCCUUCGCUCGCUGCUCGGGCAGUUUGGCUCCUUGCAGGAUCACAUCCCUGGUUUCUGGGAGCUGGCCCAGCCGCUCCACCGCCUCACCGUGGGGCAGGUUGGGUGGGAAUGGGGUCCGGAGCAGGAGCAGGCGCUGAGCAGCCUGAAACACGCCGUCCUGACGGCGCCCACCCUGCGAUUCCCUGAUAAGUCCCAACCCUUCGUUAUCAGGUUAACGACCAGCAAAGAGGCGGUAGGAGCCACCUUGCUGCAGGAGGACGAACGGGGCCAGCUGGUCCCAGUGGGGCACAGCUCCCGCAUCCUGAAGGACCACGAGGUCUCCUACUCACCACAGGAGAAGGGGUGCCUGGCGGCGGUCUGGGCCGUGCAGGCGUUCGAGACCCUCACGGAGCCGGCCCCCAUCGUUAUCCAGCUGCCCCAUUCCCCAUGGAAGUAUCUCCUGUGGGGCGAAGUGCUGGGUUCCCGCAGGACGAACCCGCACCCGACGCAGUGGACUCUGCUGGUAGUGAAUGGGGGCGCGGCGGCAAGGGGACCCCAGCCUAAGAGGGGACACCCCCCCAACACCCCGGUCCCCACGGCUCCCGCCCUACGGCUGCUGCCCUCUCACGUCCCCAAGGCCAACGUGUGGUUCACGGCCAGCAAGAAGGCUCGCUCCGCUGGCUUUGCUGCGGCCAACCUGCAAGAACGGUGGCUGCUGGGGGAGGCCAAGGGCAGCUCGGCGGAGGGCGCGGAGAUGGUGGCUCUCAGGCACCUCCUGCACCAUCACCGAUGCUCCUCGCCCCUCUAUUUGUACACCAGCUGCUUGUCCUUGGUGGAAAAGCUGCAAAGCCAGGUCGGCGAGUGGGAGCGGGGGCCGUGGGUGAGCCCCGGCGAGGGUCUGUGGCUGAGCAUCGUGCAGUGGGUCUGCGCCAACCCAGGGGUGCUGCACGUCAGGUACGUGGCAGGGGAUGGGAGCGAGGAGCCAGAGGAGUGGAUGUGGAGCCAGGAGGUGGACAGGAGGGCCGCGGCGAUGUCUGGCAGGGCCCUGGGCAGCUGGCAGACUUGGGAGCCUUCGAAGUAUGAGAAGCAAGAAAUCAUCGCCCAGUGUCACAGCUGGUUGCACGAGGGGGUGGAAGGGACGCUGGCAAGGGUGCGGGAGGUCGCGUCCUGGGACGGCGACAGCGGGCAGGUGGCCUGUUGGGUGCAGAACUGCCUGAGCUGUGCGGCGGGCAGGGACGGAGCCGGCAAGGUGCUGCCCCAGCGGGAAGAGGGGCCGUGGUCGCAGCUCCAGCUGGGCUACAUCAGCGGCCUCCCCGAGACCGAGGAGGGGUACCGCUCCCUCUUGGUGGUGGAGGAUGAGUUUUCGGGGUGGGUGGAAGCCUUCCCGAUGUGGGAGAGGACGGUGGAGGAGGUGGUGGAGGUGCUCUGCAGCCAGAUUUUUGUGUGGUACGGGACUCCUCGUGCCAUCCGUUUGCCGCCCAGGCCACGCUUCCUCCGGGAUGCCGUGAUGGUGGGAUGCGGCGUGGAGCUCCCGUGGGACAUCCUGCAGCCCGGCCAGGCGGGACCGGCCACCGCAACCCUGCAGCGGCUGGCCUGGGGGGCUGGCAAGGAGUGGGUGAAGAUGCUCCCCUUGAUCCUGGCGGGGACCAGGUCCGUAUGGGCGCAGGGAGCGGCGCUGACCCCCUACCAAACUAUUUUUGGCUUCCCGUUGGAGAUGCGGUGGGCGUGUGAGGAAGGGGACUGCCCCCAGGGCAAUGUCCUCCCCUGGCUCAGGCAGCUGCAGGAGGACGGGGCCAGCUACAAGCACCAGACCGAAGCCGCGCUGCUGAGGGACUGCCCGGAGGGGGAUGCUCCGUGGCCGUAGCCCCCCAGCUCCUCCAUGGGCUUGCUGUCUGUGUGUUGUAUAUUGUGGUGUGGGGAGAAAAUGGGGGUACUGGGCUUGCUGGGGGGCUUUUAGGCAGGACUGGAGGGCUUUUGGGCAGGACUGGAGGGCUUUUAGGCAGGACUGGGGGGCUUUUAGGCAGGACUGGAGGGCUUUUAGGCAGGUCUAGGCAAUGUGCAACCUCUUCUUGCUAUGGUGUUCAAGUGCAGGGAGGGAACACUUGCUGGGUAUACUGGUUUUGACUGGGAUGGAGUUGGUUUUUUUCCUAGCAUCCAGCACGGCACUGGGCUCUCCAGCUGUGACCUCCAACAGUGCUGGGAGCACUGGGAUGGUGCUGCCAUCCACCAGUCCUGUGGGGCUUGGGGGACCUGGGUUGUGGGAGGGGUGGGCAAUGGCCUUGGCCUCACUUGCUUUGGUUUCUUUAUUUUCUUUCCCUCUUUUUCCACUUCGUUGUUUAUUAAAUGAUUUUUUUAAAUCUCAACCCACAGGUUUUCUUGCUUUUCCUCUUCCUUUCUGUACUGGGUUUGGCUGGGAUAGGGUUAAAUUCUUCCUAGCAGCUUGUGGUUUGGGUUUAGGCUGAGAACCGUGUUGAUCACAGAGGGACGCUUCAGUUAUCGCAGUGUUUGCACAGUGUCAAGGCCUUUUCUGCUGCUCCCGCUUCGCUGCCCACGACACCGGGGAAUCAGAUCCCAAGGCUCAGCAGCCUUUGGGAGCAGUGGAGGAGGGGAGAGGGGCCACGGUGUCCAACACCCGAGUCUCCGUCCCCGUUAGUGACCUCCCGGUGAUCUCCUGAUGCUCCUCGUGGUCUUCAAAGGGCUGUGGGUCCGUAUCCUUCUCCAUCUCUCCUGAUGGUUCUCAGGUUAUAGCUCUCCAAGCCCCACUGCUACUUAAAAUCAUAGAAAUCAGAAUUAUUUAGGUUGGAAAAGACCCUUAAGAUUGACUCCAACCAUUAAACCAAAUGACAAAGGCAGUGCAGGGCGACCACAAGCCCCUGGAAACCUCAAGCUCUGGCCCGUAAGCUGGUUGAAGCCAGAGGAGCAGCGAGGCGGGAGCUGUGGGCUCACCUGGGGACCCCCAAAGAGCUGCGCGGGACGACAGGAUCCGGGGCACAACAGGUAGCCCAGGGGCUGGUAGCCCAGGGGCUCAUGGCAGGAGCCCAUCUGCCACCCCAGAAGAAGUGUAUUUAGCGCUUCUGCGGCGAGCGAGCAGCCCGAAUGCUGAGUCAGCACGGACUCAGGAGAGCAACCCCGCCGCUGAUUUAGCACCAGCAUUUAGCUGGCCGGUAAAUCCCGUAGCAAGGCAGCGGUUAAAAUAGCUGCAGCUAAAGGAAGCCGGGAUCGGCUGAGUUGGACAUCUCUGGAUCGGCUCCACCAGCCGUGAGUCAUCGGGGAUGGCCUGGAUGGGCUGAGGAAGAGCAGCAAACUGCAGCUGCCGAGGAUGAGGAUGGUGGGAAGAGGACCCCGAUUGCUGGCGAGCAUCCUCUGGCAGCUCUGGAACCCCAAAGAGAAGCCGUGGGCCGGGGCGUCAAAGGACACAACCACGGCAAGAGCAUCGCUUGCGGGGCUCUGGCGAUUAAAAAAUUAUCGUGAUA